CAUGCGCAUACAGUACGCAUCUCUGCCUGGAACGCAGUGGUCUGUACAGGUUCAGUCUGAUUCUCCUAUCUUGAGCUUGUAGUCUUUUAGCAUUUGGCUAAUGAUUGCCGGUUGCUACAGCAGCAACAAUUAUCCAAGCAUUGUCAAUUUUAAUAAACCUGAUAUUUGAGGAGCUGAUUUUCAUCACAACUUUAGGUCCGGAAUGUUGUGAAACUGAGGCUCAGUCUGGGCACCAGAGCCCCUCCUAGUUCGACUUUAAAUUUGCCUUUGAACGCCUACCGACAAGCGAGGGCCUACUCUUUGGCGUGGUACAUAACCUUCUCCACAGACUCCACGGUGACCCUCGUUGCUCCGGUGCAGUUAGCAAUUCCUCCAACCUCUUCUCCAACUUCCUUUUCCAAAACAUCCUUCCUCUUAGCACUCUCCAACACCCCCAAGUUGUCAUGGCAGCCACCAAGCCCAAAGGGCAGAACUCACUGGCCCUGCAUAAAGUGAUCAUGGUUGGCAGUGGAGGUGUGGGCAAGUCAGCUCUCACCUUGCAAUUCAUGUAUGACGAGUUUGUGGAGGACUACGAGCCCACGAAAGCUGACAGCUACAGGAAGAAGGUGGUCCUGGACGGAGAGGAGGUUCAGAUCGACAUUCUGGAUACAGCAGGUCAGGAGGACUACGCAGCCAUUAGGGAUAACUACUUUCGCAGUGGAGAGGGCUUCCUCUGUGUCUUCUCUAUCACUGAGCUGGAAUCAUUUGCUGCAACUGCUGACUUCAGAGAGCAGAUCCUGCGAGUGAAGGAAGAUGAGAAUGUCCCCUUCCUUUUGGUGGGGAACAAGUCAGACCUGGAGGACAGGAGGCAGGUGAGCGCUGAUGAGGCCAAGGCGCGUGCUGAGCAGUGGGGCGUGUGCUACGUAGAAACAUCCGCCAAGACUCGUGCAAACGUAGACAAGGUGUUCUUUGACCUCAUGAGGGAAAUUCGUGCCAGAAAGAUGGAGGACAGUAAGGAGAAGAAUGGGAAAAAGAAGAGGAAAAGUCUGGCCAAGAGAAUCCGAGAAAGAUGUUGCAUUUUAUAGUAAAUAGAACAUUAGCAAACAUUACCAUGCUCUUUCCCUAUGUUUUAAAUAUGUGUGUAUCUAUAUGUUCCAUAUUUCACCCCAUUGCCAACUAAUCCUGGCCUGUGGGGUUUGCAGCAAUGUCAUGGUGUUUGUGCAUCAGAGCUAGAGUUGGUCUGAUGGAGGAUUAGAGGAGACUGAUUCACCUUAGCUAUAGCCCGGUGAAGCUCCAAGGGAACUCUUUUCCACCUAAAAUGUGCUCUUAGUGAAAUUUCAUACCAGGAAUCUUAUGCAGUGUCUGAUGGCAUCUGUCCCAUGUUGGUGACAAGUCAAGUUUGGAACUGCUUUCUCUAUCCAACCAAUGAUUUUCAAAGUAAUGGUGUAAAAUCCUGUUUUUCUCUUGAAUCAUGAACUGGAGACUGAUGGUCAAAACAUCUGGAUCACACUUAAGUAUGACCCUUAUUUCAUAUUCAUAGUCAACUUAGUGCCAUUUUCUAGCUGGGCCUUUUGCUCUUUUCUUGACUGAAGCAAAAGAGGCCAAAUAGCCCAUCAGAAUGGACAUGAACUGCCUUAGUCACAAUGAAAUAGGUGGCGCUAAGUUACUAGUGGAUUUUAUAAUUAUUAUAUUCAAGGCCUGAGUUGGUCAAUAUGUAUCAGUUGGUUGGCUAUUGAAUGUCUUACUUUUAAAAACAAAAUCUGUUACUUACAUAUGUUAUAAGAUUUAAGAUGGUAUGAACGUAUUAGUUGUAAGUUGUGGUUCAGAAAUGAGUAAUGGUUGACAUGCAAGUGAAAAGCACAGUAACAUUUUUGACAUUAGGUUAAUCACUGCUAAACCCUGGCAAUUAAUAACUAUACGACACUAAGCUUUUUAAUUGUUGUCAGUGUGUUUGUUUAACAGAUUUGCCCUCAUAACACACUUUAACCUUUUCCACUUAUGGGAAAUGUGCAUUGGAAAUGGCGCAUUAGAUUUGGAUGGAACCGUUUUUGGCUCAUUCGACUUUCUGAUGCCUUGAUAUCUGUUGUGAAUGUGAAGUGGACUAACCUUACAGUACAAGCUCCACGUUAAACCUUUGGCUGAUUUGUCAGAUUAGAGCAGCAGUUUGCAGGGAAGGUCAUUGCCCUGUGCAGCAUUAAUUUAAACUACUUGCUAUGUCUGCACGGGGCGUUAUUGUGGUUCGAAAAUGUGACAGUUUUGUAAGUUGUUCUCUGCCUUAAUAUCAGAGAUGCAAUUUACAAAGAAGCCACAAAUAUUGGUAUUGCCCUGUAAAAUACCACUACAAUGUUUUUUCUUUUUGUGUGUGGUAUGUAACUGGCAAUUGUGACUUCUUGUAUGCUGUAUACUGUAUGUCUUUUUAUAGACGAGUACACAUCAAAACUCUUAAGAUUUCUGAUUUUAAAUUAUAUGAUCAGGCUUUUUGUUUACUUUUGUUAUUAACAAAAUUCCAGUUAUUUCAUCUUAAAAUGUAUAAUAGUGUUUUCAAUUUACUUUUCAUUAAUUAUCUUUUGUAAUAGUACAUUAUUUGUUAUCUUUGCAUGAGGUUUGUAAUCAUGCCUUUAGCACAAUGGAAAUGCUCCAUCAUGCCAGUUGCCUAGUUCAGUGUGUACAUUUUAGUGUUUUCCCUGCAUCCAACACACCUAAUUCAAGGAUAAUAGACCCUUUGUUCAGCUUACACUGGGUGUGUUGAAGCACUGGCGACAGUAAAAAGUGCAUGACAGAAAUAUUGCAAAACCAGGAUGGAGAAAAACUGGCCAAGUUUACCAAACCACAAGAUUCAAGUGAAGGGGAGGUGAAGGAGUGCGGAGUUAAAUUUCAAAACACUUUUACCAACAUGGAGAGUAUCUUAACCCCAUUCUAUUUACUUAAUAAGCUGCAACACUAACAAAGCAAAUUGUGUUUUCUGUGAUGUUCGGCUUUGCUUAUAAAAUUAAUAUUCCAAAACUGUCCAAAUGAUUAAUUAGAAAAUUUUAGCUAAUAGCUUAAAAGACCACUACUGCCAAGUGUGAUUUUAAAAAGGGGUUGACAGAAUUAGUAACUCUACAUUUAAAAAAUUUGUAGAUUUGAACUAUUAAGACACUACAGUUGGCUGAAGAGAUGGAGCAAACAUUUUAUAGAUACUAAAUUAUGGCCAUUGAGAAUUUAACUACAAUGAAGCCAUUUAAGGCAAACCAAAGUUAAAUGGCGUAAAACUAACUCUUUGCUUUAUAUUAAUAUGUAUGAGUGGUAGCUUGGGAUAGUUUUUUUUUGGCUUUCGUAGCAGACUUGCUAAACUAUUUUGCCUGCUUACUUACAAAUUUUGUCAUGGUGCUAUUUUUGCUUAUUUACAAUGGCUCAUACCUUCUUGUUUGUGAGUGCUCAUGUGCGUGUUUACACAGGCACACAGGAUUUGUCUAAAAUUGUGGUUGGAAUAGUGUAUAUGUUCUUAAAAAAUAAUUACAAUGUUAUAUCCCAUACAACUAAAUUUAAUUUGUCUGUAGUGUUUCAAAACAUUCAUGUUUUAUUUUUUGUUUGAAAUAUAACACUGAUCUGCCUCACUUUAGGGUGGCAUUUACUACUAGGGAUGCCAGUUGUAGCAUCAGUAUUGCUUUGGCAGCAAUGAAGAUUAAACCCAUUACACUCUUUGAAGUUAGAGCUUGGUGUUUGAAGAUGAUGCAUACCAUUUUCUGAUAAUGCUUUGAUUUAGGUUGUUUCCUCCUUUUUUAAUCUAGCUGCUACCCUUUUGCCCCCCACCCACCCCCCACAGACAGACCCGGAAGAUGUUUUCACUUUCCUUUUUUAUUGUAUUAUUUUUUAACAAAGGCAUAUCUUGUUGCUGUGAAUCAAGUAUGCAGAUAAAAAAUGCAUAUUCAUUUCAAAAUUUUGGCUGUUGUAUUAACCAGAUCCUUGUAUACUUACAAUGUCUAACUUGUGUUCUCUGAGCCAUUGGUAAGGAAAAUAAAAGUAAGGUGAUGACCA